AUGUCCUAGCCAAGUGAAAAAAAUCUUGAAGUAAUAAAAUCUUCAUAAAAUGCCAGCAUACCAUCUCUUCAGGAAUUACCUGAAGAAUAAAAAAAACGUAAAACAUAAAAGUCCUAACUUUAAGUGUCGCAAAAGUCCCAAAACAAACAUCUAAAUAAUCACUCAGAAAUCCAAGAAGAUUUUACUAAUAUAAAUAUGAGUUCAGCAGCUCGUAAAAAGAUAAACAUGGACACCCAAAUAACUCCAGGUUACAAAAAAUUUGUAAUAGAUGAGAAUAAUGCAGCCUAUGAUUGUAUAAAAGGUAUGUUUACACGAGAAGAGAUCGAGGAAGCAUUCAAGACAUUAGAUUAUAAAGAAAAUAACUAGAUAACAAGUGAAGAAUUAACCUUUUUUUUAGAAUAUAUAGGCGAAAAAGCUACUGAAGAAGAAAUUGAAGAGAUGAUAAAAAUGUGUGAUUUAGAAGGUAAUGGAUAUGUCACAAAAGAUGAAUUUAUUAAACUUGCAAGUGGUUAAAGUUUAGCCCCAAUAGGAUAAUCUUAUCCACCUUCAGAAGAACUUUUAUAAAAGCAAGAAAUUAUGAAUAAUUUAAAAUUGGAAGAUUUACAAUUAUAAAAAUAUAGAUCUCCAAAUAAUCAAAAUUAUGGUUAAGAAAAUAGCGAAAGCGAUGCUUUAGAUAAAAUUGCAAAUAUUUAUUACAAAAGUUAUAGAGAUUUUUUAGGACUAUAAUAAAAAAAUAAUAAUGAUGAAGAUUAUGUUAAUUUAUAAGAAUUCAUUAUUAUGCUUAUUGGGUCUAUGGAUAUUAAAUCAAUUGGAAAAUAUGAUUUAGCUUUUGAUAUUAUAGGUAAAGAUGCAAUUGAUCUCGAAGAUUUACUUUAUAUUGAAAGAACACUAACUUUUAAAAAUGAAAUAGCUGAUACUAAAAUUGAAGAAAAAUUUAAAAAUCAUAGACAUAAAAAAGAAUAUUUAAACAAAACUUAUGGCACAAAGUAAAUGGAUAAAUAAUUAUAUUAUGAUAUUGUUAGUAGCUAUCCUACUUAUUUUUAAGCUUGA